ACUCCUGGUCCUCAGCAAGAGUCCACCCACUCCAGACUUUGACCUUAGCUGUAGCUAGUGUGGGAGCCUGGGAAGUCUAGGAACAAAGUCUCUUAAGCAGACGAAAAAGCUACAGCUUCACACAUUGUGUUGCCAGCUUUGCCCAGAGCCCAGGCUGCCCUCAGCAGAGCAUCUCAUCCUACCAUGUGGCUGCCUCUGCUUCUGGGUGCCUUGCUGUGGGCAGUGCUGUGGUUGCUCAGAGACCGGCAGAGCCUGCCAGCCAGAGAUGCUUUCAUCUUCAUCACUGGCUGUGACUCGGGCUUUGGGCGCCUUCUGGCACUGCAACUUGACCAGAAGGGCUUCCAAGUCCUAGCCAGCUGCCUGACCCCCUCUGGGGCAGAAGACCUACAACAGAUGGCCUCCUCCCGCCUCCACACUACGCUGUUGGAUAUCACUGAUCCCCAGAAUAUCCAGCAAGUUGCCAAGUGGGUGAAGACACGUGUUGGAGAAACUGGGCUUUUUGGUCUGGUGAAUAACGCUGGUAUAUCUGGUAUCAUCGGGCCCACACCGUGGCUGACACAGGACGAUUUUCAAAGAGUGCUGAAUGUGAACACACUGGGCCCUAUUGGGGUCACCCUUGCCCUGCUGCCCCUGCUACAGCAGGCCAGGGGUCGGGUGGUCAACAUCACCAGUGUCUUGGGCCGCAUAGCAGCCAAUGGCGGGGGCUACUGUGUCUCCAAGUUUGGCCUGGAGGCCUUCUCUGACAGCCUGAGGCGGGACAUGGCUCCAUUUGGAGUAAAAGUCUCCAUUGUGGAGCCUGGCUUCUUCCGAACCCCUGUGACCAACCUAGAGAGUCUGGAGAACACCCUGAAGGCUUGCUGGGCCCGGCUACCUCCAGCUACACAGGCCCACUAUGGGGAAGCCUUCCUCACUACUUAUCUUCGAGUGCAGCGCCGCAUCAUGAACCUGAUCUGUGACCCAGACCUAACGAAGGUGACCAGCUCCCUGGAACAUGCCCUGACUGCCCGCCACCCCCGAACGCGCUACAGCCCGGGCUGGGAUGCUAAGCUGCUCUGGCUGCCCGCCUCCUACCUUCCAGCCAGGGUAGUGGAUGCUGUGCUCACCUGGGUCCUUCCCCGGCCUGCCCAGUCAAUCUACUGAUUCCAGCUUUAUAGCAAGAGGCUGAUUUUGAAAGGCAAGGCAUCUAUGUCUGUCUCCACCCGGUUGUUGCCUGGUUUCUGACACAAAUUAGGCUCUCAAUAAAUAUGUAUUGCUUUAAAUCAAAAA